UACAUAGUCGCCCUCCAAUAACUGGAUCACCAGGUGAUGUAUAUAUAACAUUGGUUUCGAAAGCACGGGAAGGGCCAAAGGCCAUGGAUUGCUCUCCUGAAUUUGGAAAGGGUGAAUAUGCUGGUGGAGCUUCUUCAUUUUAUGGUGAACAAGAAACUGUCAGUUAUGAAGAGGAAACAAUAGAAUCCUUGGAUGAAUUAACAGAUCAAUAUUUCCCAAGUGACGAAAGUUCUACGCCUGAUUCUUACUUAAUAGAGCACUGUAAAUCAUUGAACAGUAAACAAUAUGGAUUGGUAAAUCAUGGCUCAUUUUGGGACGAAUACUGCUUAAAUAAUGAAAACGAAAUGUUCUUUAAAAAGUCGUCAAGUAUUUCUUCUUUUAAAAGCUAUAUCGAUGGCCGAGGAGGCGAUAAAAGUGAAAUGUUUUGUGCACUUUCAUCAAACAAAUCUUUAAAUUCAUUUGAUAAACUGACAUAUUCUUCUCAAAAGUUUAAACCUAUUAUUUUCGACCUUCCCAAAGAAAGCGUUCAUAAUGGGAAAACCCAAGAGGAUAUGUAUAGAGCUGGUAAAGGUCAUGUUCUACCAAAAUACAAACCUAUUGUUUUCGAUCUUCCUCAAGAAACUCUUCAAAAUGGAGAAAUCACUGAAAAUAACGAUGAUUUGACGUCAUGCAUAACUUUUGAAAGCCAGAACUUGCAAUCACCAAAAAGAAAAAGAAACACUAGUAAUGUGAUGUCGCGUUUGACUUUUCUCAAUGGAAGCGACGUUAUGUCACGUGUAUCUUUUAUUGGAACAGGAGAUGUUAUGUCGCGCAUUUCUUAUAUAGGGAAUGAUAAAGGAUCAUCUAAUAGUAGCGCUACUCAAGUUGAUGAUUUUUAUAGCGAGGAUGAAAAUUCCGAUGGUGAGGCUGAUCGACAAUCAAUUACAUUACACCUCGAAAAACUCACCAUUGGAAGUUUUAUCAACCAUUAUCCUUGUGCAAUUUCUCUCAAUCCGACUACCCAAUCUAUUUGUUUUACUAAUUUAAUGGCAAAUACUAUACACCUUUCUAUUGAUCCAUCAGAAGGUGAAAUUGCUAAAGCGGGUAAAAUAUCGAUGAUUGUGUCUGAUCAAGAAGAUCUUGAUAAGCUUAGAGCCAUGGAUGACAUGUUUAGGUAUUUCAUUUUUUGGUUAAUUGCAAUUCGCAGUUAA